AUGGGGGGAGGGGGCCAGGCAGCGAGCGCCCCGACUCUGGCCAGCCCCACAUUCCAGCCUCGGGCUGUGGAGCCCGGCAGGGACCCCGAGUCUGGCUGCAGGCGUGUGAUGCCCACCAAGGCAGCCCCUAAGAGGCCACACUGUCCCCCGGCCCCUGCUCCCCCCGCGCACCAGGGAGGCCUCCCUGGAUUGGGACUGAAGCCUCCAGAGGAAAAAGAGGGAUGCUGGGUUGAGGAGCGUUUGUCUAGGCCUGUGCCCGGUGACCUUGGGGAGAGCCGUCCCCUGCCCACGGCCGCCGAGGGGAGCGCAACAGUAAGAGUGCUGAGUCAGGGGGGCCGGGAGAGCGAGGCCCAGGCCUUGGGAAAGGCCCCCCUUUUGCCGCCCACCCUGUCCCGGGCCCCACGCUCCUGCAGCCCCCCCCAGCACAACCCUUCUGAGGGGCUGAAGCAACUCGGCCCCCAAAUCGUGAAACGGAUAUUACAGCCUGGAGAGGGGGAGGGGAGAGCUGGGGGGGAGCCAAUGCAGAGGAGGCGGCCCCAGGGUGGGGGCCAAGCCAGGGCCAGGGCCCAUUCAGCACGAACUUCCUCCUCCCCCACCUCGGAGAGUCAUGGGGGGGGCCGUUGCGCGGUCUUUGGGGUCGUUCCCAUCAUCCUCUGCGUACCCCAAGAAAAGCCCUUGUCCCCCCCAUUUGCCGAGUCUGCAGGUGCAGCCUUGGGGAGGAGCCUUGCCCCCAGGCUCCCAGGGGAGGGGCCGCCGCCCCCCCAGUUCUGGAGCACCCUGCGCGUCCCCAGCGCCAAGGUCUCCAUGCCGAGGCUCCAGCAGGCGGCUCCCGAACCUCUGGGAUCCUUGCCCACGGCAGCCGGGGAGGCAGGGGCCAGCCGGAGGCUCAGAGCCUGA